AUGACUGCUGCUGCUGCUUCUGGUCCAGCAAAUUUGUUGUGCCAUUCACGCAACAAUGAUUCUCACAUAUGGGCUAAUACUCCGAAUACACCAAGAGUCAACACAAGAGGAGGUUUGGAACGGAACAUUCACACAAGGACACUCGCUCGAAUGGUUAAUGAUGAAGCACCUGGUACCAGUGGCGUAUCUCCGAACACACAGUCUUACGGUAGACUCCAGACAACUGCUUCGCCAUUUCACCGAACCCAUCUCACUCAAGUAUGUCGCCGAGGAGACAGUAACGCUGAAUUACUCAGAGAUUUCACUAGAAUGAUUAGAGAUACUCCGAGAAACUUCACGAAAAACACACAAAUUCCCGAUCAUGACAUUGAUUUUGGGGAUUUGGAGCGUGAUCCAGAUGUAGAUUUGCUUCUAUCGAAAGUGUGUCUCGAGUGUGUUUAUGUUGAACCAAAACAGGGAGCAAUUCUGCGAGCCAACAAAGUAUUCAUCACGAAUUUUCUAUCCGAUAUGUAUCUAAAUUUGGUUUCCUCGGCUGGGAAAGUCAUGAAGAUCAUUCCGGUUUGGAAAAAUGCCACAACAACUAGAAAUAAUUUGUCGGGAGGCAAGAAACAUGAACCGGUUACUGUAGAUUGUGUGGAUGCAACGUAUGUGAAGAAGAGCGGAGUCACAAUCAUUCUCGGUCCAGAAUAUACGACUACAAUGUUUGGAGGAAACGAAAAGAUUGCGCCAGUAUUCAUUCAAGAGAUCAGCAAUCAGAACCACAGUGUGGAUUUUCACUUUUACCCGUUCAUGGAAAAUGCAAUCUUACUAGUGAAUGAGAUGCGGGUUAUCGUACUAGAAAUGCCAGAAACUGUAAUAUGCAAAUCGUCGAGUGAUUUUAUGAAAACAUGCUUCACUCAUUUGGAUAGAGACUUUGCCAGGAAAGUUCUCCGAAAAUGGAAAGCUGUGAAGCGAGAUAUUGAUUUGGAGAAACUGGAUAUCGAAAAUAAAGAGCUGGCUGAAAUUGCUGUUUUCAUGCUUGAAAGUGUUGGAGUUCGAAUGAACAAAGUGACUGAUGAACCACGGGCCGAAACUCCAGAAGGUCACGGAGGGAAGCAGAUGAGGCCGCGAAUGUCUGAAGCAGAAGUGAUGGCGAUGAUGAAAAACUUUUUCGAGGAAAUGUCAUUCCAACAGAAAAGCGAAAUUCAAAGAGAUACUGAAGAUGAAUUCCGAUGCCGGUUUGCCGUCGAACUUGAUCCAACUUGCGAAGGAAUUGAACACGCUCGUUCUCUUCUGGACGCAUUCCAUACUCAAUGCGAAGAAUGGGGAAUUCGAACAAUGAUGCACACUGGAAUGUUGGAAUUAGUGCCAUACGUUUAUGUUCUUGCGAGAGUUUUGAAUUUCCAUGAUUACGAAGAGUAUUACAAGGAUUUAUUCCGUUCUUUCUUGAAUCAAAUUUCCAUUGAAUUCAACAUUUCCCAAGAAGUUCAUGCACAAUUCAUUACAAAAGUAACAGCUCCGAUUCCAUGUUGGUCAAUAAAUGGAAUCAUUUCCCAUUUGAUUAAUGAUCAAACAACUUCUGAAAAUCUGGGAAAUCUUCCGAAACCAGUCGCCAAAGAGAGUGUGCAAUUGCUCUCGGUUCUAGCUGCUGGAAGGAAUCUUAUUGGAACUAAUAUCGAUCUGGAUUGUCAAAUGUGGAUCGGACAAGAUUGGAAACGUCGUCUUGGUCUAACAAAUGAAACAUACAAAUCAUUCAGAAGAAUAAUGAAAGAUAGUCGUUCGAAUGCUCCCGGUCGCGCUCAUCAACUGAUGCAUCUCUUUGAAUUCACUACCACAUACACAGACAAUUUGCUAACAGCUAUCAAGGUUCUACUCCUGAAAAUUCAAACAGAUGCCUUUGCCGGAGCUAGAACUAUUGCACCGAAAAAAUGCAUCUACGCGACACCGGAAGAAAUGAACUGCAUUUCACAGCUACGCUGGAAACAUGACAUUCGUAAGAAUAAUGUGGAAUUGAUGCUCAAUUCUACUCGACCGAUUUUGAUUGCCACCAACAUUCUACGACGAAACGAUGAGGAGAACAUGAAGGAGUUGCAGGACCGAUUCCUGACUCAAACCGCAUUCCGAACGUUUUCUCAACCAUUUGGCCGUGCUUUCUUCGAUUUCCGAACAGCAGUUCCUUCACUUCUCACGAGUAUUUACAUCCCUCGGUUAUGCGUUGGAGGAAUGGUUUAUCCAGCUAGAGUGACGUGUGAUCCUCCUUCUACAGAUCAGUUCAAGUUGGGAUUAGAAUGGGGAAACUUCUACAAUGCGCUCGCAUCAGCCUUGAGAAUUGGAGCCAGUGACACCGUAAGAAUUGAUAACGAAUGGAUUGUGAUGGUUUCGAAAAACAUCAAGUCAACAGCUGUGGUGGGGGGAUUAACUCUCGGAUUUGGGUUGAAUGGUCAUUUAGCUCCGUUCAAUAUGUAUCAUGCUCAUCAGAUGCUCUCAACAUUCGAUAAGUUCCAUUCUAUCGCAUUGCUAAUCGGACUCUCAGCUUCUAACUUCAAAACUUGUGAUCUUCAAAUUCACAAAAUCCUCGCCACGUAUCUCGGAUUUCUGAUGGGCCCGACUCCGUUGGAAAUCAAACUUGACUACACAAUUCAGACUGCUGCAGUUUCUGGUCUCGGUCUUUUAUUUGCUGAUUCGGGUAACAUGAACAUCGCGAAGAAACUCGUCAACGAAGUGGGAAAAGCUCCCAGCAAAGAUGAAGAGCCGGUGACGGAGAGAGCUUCGUACAAACUAAGUGCAGGAUUCUCAUUAGGACUCAUUAUGCUUGGAAAAGGAAACGGAGCAGCUUCCAAUGUGAUGCCAUUCAAACAGAAUAUUCCACCGAUGUCACAAAGAUUGAUUUAUAUGAUGAAAGGAAUGAGAAGAGACAAGUGUGUCUUCCUCCCGCAACCAGUCAAUCCAGUUGUCAACGAUACACCGAAUUUGCCGUUCUCGAAUGGAGGGUUCAUGUCUUCAACUCAAACGGCAAAUCAUGUCAAAGAAAGUGACAAUAUCAAUAUUCAUCAGUCCGCCGAACCAGCUUCGAUUGCUCUUGGAAUGAUGUUUAUGAAAACUCACAACGAAUUUAUCGCAGAAGCUCUCGCUCUACCGGCCACAAUUACUGAAAUUGAGCGGUUAAAACCGGAUUCGAUGUAUGCUCGUGUUCUCGGAUAUUGUCUUGUAAUGUGGGACACUAUUGAACCGACACAUGACUUUGUUAAAAGUUUGAUUCCGGAUGUGAUCAAAGAAUACGCACUUGCAGCACUUCAUUUUGGAAUUCCGAUUGAAAAAGAUGUAGAUGGAGAAGACAUUCAAGAGCCAAUGAACGAAAGAGAAGAACGAUAUUGGGCGGAUAUGAUUGAUACCAGUACAAUCUCUCAGACAUACUUAUAUACAGUUUCUGCUGCAUGUAUGGCUAUUGCUCUGAAAUUUUCAUCGUGUGGAGGACCAAAUGAGCAGAGCAUCACUAAUACUGCUUUCAAACUGAUUGAAUUCUAUACAAAAAUAGUUCUACCGGAUGGAAAGAUGGCAAAGGAUACAGGAAGUGUUCGAAUGUGUAUGUAUGCUGGUGCCUACACCCGCUCCAGCUGUCUGUCAAUGCUCAUCACUGCCAUGUCGAUUCUUCGAGUCGGUACUGGUGACAUUGAAGUCAUGAGAUAUGCCCGACUUCUGCGCAUGUCUGAUAAACCAGACGGUGAUUGGAUAUCGAUGGGUAAGAAACACUUCGAACAAAUGGUUGCUCAUCAAGCUCUUGGUAUCCUUAUGAUGGGAGAAGGAAGAUAUGCGUUCAAAAAAGAUUCUCUCUCAAUUGCUCUUACUAUCAUUUCGACGUUUCCUACUAUUCCACAGAACGUUUCGGAUAAUUCACACUAUCAUCAACCACUUCGUUUCUUCUGGAGUAUGGCUGUAGAACCUCGGCUUCUGGUUCCAUUUGACUCAGCCGAAAACUGUGUUGUUGAGGUAGAUGUCUACAUUGUCAUGAAGCCAAAGAAAGAAGGGGAAGAACCGAUUGCCUACAGACAAAAAGCUCCAUCUCUACUUCCCCCUCUCGAAGAUCUUCUCUCAAUAUCUGUAGGAGGUGGUCAUUACGAAUUAGUUCAUAUUAAUUUGCGAACUGAUGAUGAGCUGAAAGUGAUGAAGGAUGUGAUGUCUGUUGGUCAAGGCCGAGUUAUGCUCAAACGUUAUAGUAUCGAAUCGCCCGAGUCAAAGAUAAAUGAGACUAUCGAGUUAUACGCGGACCCAUAUGAUAUCAAUGACUUGCUUCAAAAAGAAGAUACUGCCUAUGGUCUCGACGAGAAUGAAAUUGCAAAUAUCAUUCAGAAGUUAGAGGAAGAGCUUAGUUUAAAUAGCUCUGAUGACUAUCCCAACGUUCAAGUACAACUGAAUUCAGUCAGAGAUAUUACCGAAAGAGUUCCGAUUGAUUUGGCGCUGUUACAAAGAAGAGCUUUGCAUCUUCUCGGUGGAAGUUUAGAUCUCUGGCGCGACGAGGUGAACGUCUCCAAUGCAAUUCACGGGUUGGCUGAAAGUAUUCAGACUAUGCAAAUUUAA